UGAAACAGUUCAGGUAAGAUGAGUCAUGUGACUCACAGGACAUGCAACCUGAUAGGCUGCAACUGAGCUGUGGUGACAUCUGAUAGGCUGGAACUCAGCACCUGGCUGGGCAGAGGAGCAGAGGAGGAGAAACCCAAAGACUUACGCCAACUAGAAGAGCAACAGAGAGCAGAGCGAGACCUUCAGGAUGCACAUGGAUGGCUAAUGGCGUGUGAGGGCGGAGUGAGACAUGGAGCACAGCGCAGUCAUCCGGCUCAGUCACUGCCACAAGCACAUCUUUUGUUUCUCGGUGCCGGAGGAGUGUCCGAGCUGUGGGGAGCAGCUGAAGGGGAGCAGGCUGCAGGAGGCCCCCGUCAAGCUGCCCUGCCCCCUGACUGACGGACACAAGACCUCCUGCUGCCUGCUGGUCACCGCUGACGACCUGGACAGAGCGUUUGACGGGACCUCAGACCUGCACACUGGCAUCUCCAACAACAAAGGUGUCGUUUAUAACUACACACGGGCCGGCGUGCGCAGAGACCAGAGCGGCUGGGAGCGCUGCCUCAGCGUGCCGCUGGUCAGACCAGACAUGUUCUACCUGCUGGCCCAGUGGGACCAGUACCUGGACCGCUUCUCUGAUGGGCCCAUGUGGGACACGGUCUGGCACAGGUUUGAUGAAGACAGUCACAACUGCUUCAGUUUCUGUCUCCAGUUCAUCAACAGUGUCUUAGCGAUGGAGGGGCGGAGCCUCCUGACCCGCGAGUUCUUCACAAAGAGCUUCAUCGUGCCGAGGAUGACCAGGGUCUACAAGUACCUGACUCUGUACCACCACGUCCAGAAACAGCAGUACUACGUGGUGGACAGACCAGAGGAGGGACCAGAGCUCUGAGGGUGGUGGUUAUGACAUCACUUCCUGUGUCUUCACUUGGACUUUAUUUCCAUUAUAAUGAAAAACACAUUUUAU